CAGCGGAUGGAUUGGUCACCGUCGGCCCGUCUUCCUUCCCCUCCCAUUCCUCCUCGACGGUCCCUCCUCACACCAGACGCAGCUAGACGAGCGCGCGCGCGCACGCUCGCAAACACACGCUAGGGCAGUGGAGCGAAGGCGGCCACAGAUGCCGGGUCCGGGUAGCCAGAACGGACGGGUGAGGCCGCCCAAGACCGAGGCCAUCCACGGCCUCGUGCGCGCUGGCGACGUGGGGGCCGUCCAGAGGAAGUUGCAGGAGAACCCCGCCUUCCUCAACGACAAGAAUCCUGUGAUGCGCCAAACACCACUUCAUGUCGCAGCUGGAUACAACAAUGCUGAGAUAGUGAAAUUCCUUCUUGAUUGGCAAGGGCAAGGUGCAGAUAGAGUUGAGGUGGAGGCAAAGAACAUGUACGGAGAGACACCCCUGCAUAUGGCAGUAAAAAAUAGUGCUUAUGAAUCAGCAAAAUUGCUCCUUGAACGUGGUGUACAUACAGGAGCCAAAGCAAAUAAUGGCAUGUCACCAUUGCAUUUAGCUGUCUGGCAUGCACUUCAAACUGGAGAUUGCAGCACCGUCAGUUUGUUGCUAAGCUAUAAUGCAGAUUGCAAUGCUAAAGAUGAUGAAGGCAAAAUCCCUUUAAAUCAUAUCCCAGGAGGAGCUGGCAAUGAUAUGCUGCUCCAGCUCCUCACUCGCCAUAUGGAAGAACAAAGAAAACAAAAAGCCCUCAUGACAUGCCAUGAACAACAGGCAAUGGCGGAGUUUGAAGAAGCAAUAUCACAAAUCGUGGGAUUGCAAGAGCUGAAAAUGCAAUUACGUCGAUGGGCCAGGGGAAUGCUUUUUGAUGAAAAGCGCCGGGCUAUGGGCUUAGGCAUUGCUACCAGAAGAGCUCCCCACAUGGCAUUUCUGGGCAAUCCAGGAACAGGUAAAACAUUGGUUGCUCGGAUUCUUGGAAAGCUCCUACAUAUGAUUGGGAUUCUCUCUACUGACAAAGUUACUGAAGUUCAGCGAACUGAUCUUGUCGGAGAAUUUGUGGGGCAUACUGGACCAAAGACGAGGCGGAAGAUAGAAGACGCCGAGGGAGGGAUUCUGUUCGUGGAUGAAGCUUACAGGUUGAUACCAACGCAAAAAUCGGAUGAUAAGGAUUAUGGUUUGGAGGCACUGGAGGAGAUAAUGUCUGUGAUGGACAGUGGCAAAGUAGUUGUCAUAUUUGCUGGGUACUGCAAGCAAAUGAAGCGUGUCAUUGCGUCGAACGAUGGUUUCUGUAGGAGGGUCACGAAGUUCUUUUAUUUUGAUGAUUUCACCACGACAGAAUUAGCGGAGAUAUUGCUUCUGAAGAUGAAUAGCCUGACUGACACUAGUUUGCUUUACGGGUUCAGGCUGCACCAGAGCUGCACCAGAGGUGCUGUUGGAGAGCUGAUUGCCAGGGAAACUACUGAGGAGUGGCUUAAACAGAUGAACGGAGGUCUGGUAGACACACUUCUUGUCAAUGCACGUGAAAACUUGGAUCUUCGUCUUGAUUUCAGUUGCAAUGACGCUGAGACCAUGAUCACAAUCACAUUGGAAGACCUGGAAGCAGGCCUAAGGCAGAUCUCGAGACAGCGACAUUUGCGGUGACCCCUCCUAGGAGGAUUGUAACAUAAACUCUACCUUUUCAAUACAAAGAAACGCAUGAAUGUCACUGCGUUUUCUCGAAAACAAUCAGGAACAUUUUUUUCUUGACAAACCAAGUUACAUGUUCAGGAGUUUUGAUAGAAGUGACUGAUUCGGCUUCGGAUACUA